AUCAUUAAUUAAGCAAGUGUUGUUGACUUCAGCAAUAUUUUUCAUACAUAAUGAUUUUCAAGAUAUUAUUGACGAAGAACCCGUAGAAUGUUGCGUAAUAUUCCCGUCUGACUGGUUAUACUGUAUAAUUGUAAUAGCAAUAUAUUUAACAGCUACACAAAUUUUUUGUUGUACUCCAGAUUAAUUUUUAGAUUAUGUACUGAGUUAUUGCAUUGAAAGAAUGGAGAAGAUGGGUGUGCAGCAUUGACAACAAGGGUGAUAGCUGUUUUCAUCGCACGUCUGCUGCUUUUAGACCAUUUCCGCCUGAUCCAGAUUUUUUGUUUGCCACAUUAGCCCUCCGGUGAUCCAGUCCAGGGACGAUCGAUGGACGAGGGGGGCGGGAUGUUGGUGGCCGGAUGGAUCACCCUCAUCAUCGUGCUGGCAAUUUUCAUAUUCAUCCCGCUGAUUAUCCUGGCUAUCGUCUGCUACCGGCGCAAAUACCACGGCACGGUGCAGGGCGCGGUGACGUCGGGAGCGCCCACCUACCCCGUCGGCCAGCCGGCCACCGUGACCUAUCCGACGUACGGUUAUGCGGCGUACAGUUACCCGGCAACCGGCGCUGCACCUCCCCCCGCUGCAUCAUCAGCACAACCUCCGCCAGCGGAUCCCGCGGCGGCUGCCACGCCGGCGCCUCCGCCGACGCGCAAGACGCAUUAAGCGGUUGACCUUUAGCUUAACUUUUUUCUGUUUAGUUUAUUUUCGGAACAGACAAACGCUUGAGGCACUCGCAAGUCGGGUUCGUAUGUAUGUAAACAUAAACCUUAGGGAAAUAUACAAAAGAUUAUGGCGUUUCAAAACACUGAGGAACGUUGCACAAUAUUCUUACGUAAACGUUGCACAAUAUUCGAUAGCUGUAAGCAAUGACCGGUAAUUUUUCUCAGUACAGAGUAGGUACCUCAAUCGAAGACAUAAUAUUCCUUAAGUGCUUGUUCUUUGUACCGCCAUCGGUAAUUUUAUCAAACCAAGUUUUGAGCCUCAUCGCUUUUAAGUUUGUCGUUCCUGUAUGGCAAAAUGGAUGUUGUGUUUGACAUACGAAAACCAUUAACUCA